AUGACUGUUUCUUCUUGUGCAGUGCCAACAACUUUUAUAUAUGGAAUGAAUGAUUGGAUGAACUAUCAAGGCGCAGUGGAAGCGAGGAAACACAUGAAGGUCCCUUGCGAAAUCAUUCGUGUUCCACAGGGUGGCCAUUUUGUGUUCAUAGACAACCCAUCUGGUUUUCAUUCUGCAGUGCUUUAUGCUUGCCGUAAGCAUUUAUCUGAAGACCAAGACUCCUCUCAUGAAGAACAACUCCCAGAUGAGCCUAUUAACAUAUUUCAAGGGAGAUACAACACCAAUACACCUCCUACAAGGCUGAGUUACCACUAUGGGAAUCAUUACAAUUCGUUGGUUGAUCCACACCGGUUGACAGUUGGUGGUGCUGGACUUGGAUUUAGUAGCCUGACUGGGAGACAUGUGGACGGGGAGCAGAUGAAAGCUGCUAUAAAGGCUCAGCAAGAACAUUAG